CGGUUGGAUGACAAAUCAUUUUGGACGAAAGUAUCCUUUAGUGGCUGGAAUGAUACCGCAAGCUGCUGCUUUCACCCUCUUAGCAUGUGCUGAGAAUAAGACAUACCUCUACAUAUCACGCUUUCUCUCUGGAGUAUCUGGAGGAGUUCUUUUUGUUCUUGUUCCCAUUUAUAUAAGUGAAAUCUCAGAAAAAAGUAACCGUGGAAUGUUGGGUUCUUUGUUAGGAGUCUUUUACAAUGUGGGAAUCAUCAUUGGUUAUGUCAUCUGUACCUACAUGCCUUUCUACUCGGUGCCAUAUGUUGCCUUAGGAAUCCUCGCUCUCUUUUUACUUUUCAUCAUCUUCCCAGAAUCUCCUCAAUAUCUCCUACUCAAGCAAAGGGAUGCUGAAGCAGAGAAGUCUCUAAGAUUCUUCCGAUGCUUCUCUCAAGAUGAUGAAGUAAAACGAGAGUUUGAAUAUCUCAAGUCUUCUGUAGCUGCAACCAGUACGAAAACUAGUAUAACCAUUCAAGAUUUUAAACCAGCAACAACGAGGAAAGCUCUAUUCAUAACUUACAUCAUUCUCUGUGGCAGAAAUAUGUCAGGAUACUUCCCACUUUUGAACUACACAGUGAGCAUCUUUGAACAGGCAGGAACAGAGAUUGAUCCUCACAUCUCAGCUAUAAUUGUGGCAGUCAUCCAGCUAGCAGGAAAUAUUGUUUCUGCCUACUAUACUGACAAAUCCGGGAGAAGAAUUCUCUUGAUUCCCUCCCUCGUUGGAGUAGGACUCUGUCUUACUACCAUUGGGAUUUAUUUUUACCUAAGUGAGCUAGGAUACAACCUAUCUGCCAUAUCGUGGCUUCCUGUUGCAUCACUUUCUAUAUCAAUGUUUUUGGCCGCUUCAGUUCAAAUCAUACCUAUUUACAUAACAUCAGAGCUACUUCCUGUUAAAAUUAGAAGUUCUGUGAUAUCUGUAUUUAUGACAACUAAUUGGCCCCUUAGUUUCAUCAUGCUUCAGUUUUAUUCUCCACUAGCUGACCUUCUAGGUGUAUACAGCUGCAUGUGGAUAUUUGGUGGAUGGUGUUUCUUCGAAGCUAUAUUUGCGUAUUUUCUGCUUCCUGAGUCAAAAGGAAAGAGUCACGAAGAAAUUGUUCUGGCACUCGAGGGGAAAGUUCUUUGAUUUUUUUACAUUAAACCAGGUAACUGAAAUAUAGAUAUCAAAAAUUAAACUGUCUCACUAAUCGAGACCUAUCGAAUUCUAAAAUGGAACUUGUAUCUAAGCAAUAAAUCAAUAAUGUUAAAGUUCCUUA